CCACGUGUGAUCAAUAUUCCCCUACUUAGUCUUUCUCAGUUGAAUGCCAGCGCAGUGGAUAGCAUCAAAGACUUUGAAUCGGAAGGAUGCAGGUUCGAGCCCAGCAGUCACCGGAAAUUUUUCAUCAAUCCAAAAUCAUGUAUACUUCCUCUAAUAUGGGAGUUUACAAGACCAGUAUCGAAUUGUGAUUUUUGUCGUGGAAUAAAUACGGCUUUAGUUUUAACGAAUCUUACAAGAGAAGAAUUUACGCCAUACGCUUAUUCAUCGAGGCCGAUUAUUGUAAAAAAUGCCGCCAGAACAUGGAAAGCGUCGAAAGUCUUCGAUUUAGAGUUUUUUAAAAAUAUAUAUGAAAAUAUCGACGGCGCUUACGAAUCAAUUGAAGACGAAUGUCAAUUUCUACAUUUCAAAAGUAAUUUUUCAUUAUUGAAACAAGUUUUGACAAUGAGUAAGCAACGCGCGUCGAAUUAUUUAAAUGAAAAUCCCUGGUAUGUUGGAUGGAAAAAUUGCCAUCCGCAAGUAUUAGAAAUCAUGAGUAAAUAUUAUGACACUCCACAUUUUCUACCGGUUGAUGCGGAAGUUCCACAAACAAAUUAUAUUUUUAUAGGAUAUGAUCAGGGAGCAAUUAUGCACUUGGAUUACAUUCCACGUCUUAUGUGGCAAGGACAAAUUGUUGGGAAAAAACUGUGGUCGGUUGCACCGACUCCUGAAUGUGAUAGUGUCUGCGAACCUUUCAGUUUUUCUGUAGAUACUGGAGAUAUUCUAUUACUUGACACAAGAAUCUGGUAUCAUGGAACUCAUGUUGAAAAUAAUACUUUAAGUCUUACGAUUACAUCAGAAUAUGGUUGAAAUAAAUAUAUUUAUGUUAAGGAUAUAGUGAUAUCUUUGUAUGGUCAACGCAUGUAAUUUUAUAAUUGUAAAAAUGUAUACUAUUUACUAUUUUA